AUGUUACGUAAUCUGGCCACGGUGGGCGGCGGCGGCGUGCGCCGGCCGCUGCCGGGCAGCAGCAAGAGCAGGAGCACGGUGCUCCUGGCGUCUCGACAAUCCUCGCGGGCGGCCAAGGCGAAGGCGGAGGACGAGGCGGCGAGGGCGGCGAGGCUGCCAAAUCGGAGGGGCGGCAGACCCCUCGCGGGGCCGCGGACGCUGCCCACGAAGCGCGUGGGACUGUACGACCCGGCGCUGGAGAAGGACUCCUGCGGCGUGGGCCUGGCCGUGCAGAUGAAGAGCGUUGCGUCUCGACAGAUCGUCGUCGACGCGAACGAGAUGCUCGUGCGCAUGACCCACCGGGGGGCCUGCGGCUGCGAGGAGAACACGGGGGACGGCGCGGGCAUCCUGGUGGCCGUGCCGGACGGCUUCCUCCGGAAGGCGGCCCAAGAGGCCGGGAUCGGGGAGCUCCCGCCGGAGGGGGAGUACGCGGUCGGGAACAUCUUCGUGCCCAAGUUCGAGAACGCGAUCCCGGAGGCGAAGGCUAUCGUUGAGCGCGUCUGCAAGCAGCGCGGCAUGAAGGUGGUCGGGUGGAGAGACGUGCCCUACGACAACUCGAUGAUCGGAGACACGGCCAAGGGCACGGAGCCCCACGUGGUCCAGGUCUUCGUCGAGAACUCGAACGGGAGGCCUAGCUGGGACUUCGAGCGCGAGCUCUACCGCGUCCGCAAGGCGGCCACCAAGGAGGCCGACUCCGUCCCAGUGUUGACGGUUUCGGACACGCAGAGCUUCUACGUGUGCAGCCUCAGCGCUAAGACCAUCACCUACAAGGGACAGCUGUCGCCCGAGCAGGUCAUGCCCUACUACUUGGACCUUCAGCAGCCGGACUUCACGUCCCAUCUGGCCCUGGUGCACUCGCGCUUCUCCACCAACACCUUCCCCUCGUGGUAG